AUGCUCCCCAGUCCUGCCACCUCCACCCCUUUCUCAGUGAAGGACAUCCUGAAGCUGGAGAAGCAGCAUCCUGCAGGCCAGAGGAGGUUCAAGCAGCAGAAGUACCUCUCUGCCCCGGAGAGGGAGCAGCUGGCAUCAGUUCUCACGCUGACUUCCACCCAGGUGAAGAUCUGGUUCCAGAACAGAAGAUACAAGUGCAAGCGGCAGAAACAGGACCGGUCUCUUGAGCUGGCAGGGCACCCUCCUCCUCCCCGCAGGGUGGCAGUGCCAGUCCUGGUCAGGGAUGGGAAGCCUUGUCUAGCUGGGAAUCAGACUUUCCAUACAAGUUAUGGUGCCAGCUCCUAUCCUUACCCGGUCUGUUUUGGUGGAUACAGCAAUCCUUAUUAUUCGGGAGCACCCAUGGUGCCGGCUGGUGGCACACCAUCCCUACAGCUAGUCAGUAUGAACAUCACAGCUGUUCCUGGCAGUGCCCAGCAGGGGCAUUUACAGCCUCCUCUACCGGGUAUUAGAGCCUGGUGA